GUCGUUGUAAACAUCAACUUUUGUUGUCCUUCACCGGGUGAAAUCUAUAGAUUUUCUAUACCACCAAAGGAUCUUGGGACGAAGCAGGAUACAGACGCGGAAUUGCUCGUGGGAGGUUGGCACCAACAUUUGAGUCCUGCCUAUAUCAAUCUCUCCAUACAAGAUUACCUGGUCUACGUUCAUUAGAAAAAAAGAAGUACGACAACAUUCUACGACUGAACAAUCCCUACUUGGUAUUUCUUUCAGCCGACGACAAGACACCCACCCAGUCUGCCAUUCAUUGAUUACCCAGACUCUGUGCUGUCUGGACACGUUUGAUACCCAAACAACCCGGAACACCACAUCAAAUCACUUUCCAACCAUGGUCUCGACCACGACCUUUUCACUCUCACGAAUGGGAGCAAGAUUCAUUCUACGCCCACUUGCACCGACGUCGACAUCAAAAAUCAACACACCGUCCGUCCGAUACUACGCGGCCUCGAGUUCAAGUACGAGUUCGAGCGGCUCGGACUCCCCCAUCAAAGUCCUCACCCACCCGGCCCCUCACAACGGACACAUCAAGAUUCUUCUUCUCGACCGACCGGCGUCACGCAACGCCCUCUCUCGACGACUCAUCACCGAUCUCCGUUCCCAAAUCUCCCGAAUCCAAUCCGAGCAUGAAGCCGCCGCCUCGAGACAAUCAGCCUCACGGUCCAGCACCGCCGCCGCCGACCCGACGCGAGCCCUGAUCCUCGCCUCUUCCAACGACAAGGCGUUUUGCGCCGGGGCAGACCUCGUCGAGCGGAGAGGAAUGACGGCCGAGGAGACGCGCACCUUUCUGUCCGACAUGCGGUCGACCUUUGCGGCUCUCUCUUCUCUUCCCAUCCCGACCGUCAGCGCCGUCUCCUCGGUCGCCCUCGGCGGGGGGCUCGAGAUCGCCCUGUGCACCACCUUCCGGGUCUUCGCCACCACCGCCGUGGUCGGCCAGCCCGAGACGAAACUGGGCAUCAUCCCGGGCGCCGGAGGCACCUACCGCCUCCCCGCCCUCGUCGGGCCCAACCGGGCCCGGGACCUCAUCCUGACGGGCAGAAGGGUGAGCGGGGAGGAAGCUUACUUUCUCGGUCUCUGCAAUCGACUCGUCCAGGUCGAGCCCCGAGAGGACGCGACAACGAGCAGUAGCACCGCCACCACCACCACCACCCAAGAAGGAGAAUCAGGUCUGGCUCGCAAAAUGGUCCUCGACGCCAGUCUCGACCUGGCCCGCCAGAUCUGCGAAGGUGGCCCGAUCGCGGUCACCCAGGCCAUGCGGGCCAUCGACGGUUGGACGCGGGGGGAGGCGUCGGAAAACGAGGCCUACGAGGUCGUCCUGGCCACCGAGGAUCGACUCGAGGCCCUCAAGGCCUUUGGGGAGAAGAGGAAGCCCGUCUUCAAGGGACGCUGAAUGAUGUCUCAGGAGGUACUAUGUACCUCUGCUCCAAGAAAAAACCUUGACUUGCCCCCAAACCUGGUUGGAUAAAGCAACAACACAUUCCCCGGGCAUCGAUCUAGAUGUCUAUAAGUGGCCUCGUGUCUCUUGUCAUGGCUAUAAAUAGCACCCUGACACACACACGCAAACACAUGCAAAGAAAAAAGAUUAAAUACUCGAAAUGUAAGUGUGAAUGGU